CACAGCAGUCUCUCCCUGAAACCAGGAGUAGGCACGAAUACACUCACACACACAGUCAAUCACCAGGAUACAACCACACUUUACACCAUCUUGUUCCUCCCAUCAGGAGUUGCACAUUGCCGUGGACUCACUCACAUGUGCACACUUUAAAACUUGACUGCACUGUCUCUUUUAAUACACAUCUAUGCCUGGUGAGCUUUAAUAGUCAGCAUUUUUCUAGGAACACACCUAAAACUCUGUGGAUAAAGCUAUGGCUCUACUCUUAUAUCGUUUUAUUGUCCUCUGUAUGUCUGUAUCGCUUGUUGCAGUGACUGACGAAAGUUCAGUAACUGAAAACCCAGUAAAUACAACUAAUAUGAAUGUAACACAACAAACAGGUGAUGGUGCUAAACCAACACAGACGCCAGACAACGGGCUCACAAUGUUAGCCUUUGGUGUGAUGAGCUUCAUUCUCAUUUUGAUCAUUGUUAUGGUGAUCUUGGUAACAGCUGUUAACUUCAGAGGACAGUGCGCUAAUACAAAGGAAGAGGGUGUCAAAAACUACGUCUCUGUGAUAUCAGAAGGUCAUAUAAGCAACAUGGGAGAGAAGGAAAGCAUCAUGCUUGUCUCCAUGAGGACAAUAAACACAGACACUGACACAGAUUCACUGCGGAUCUCCUCCAUUUACAGUGCAGCACUGGACAACGAAGACCAAUAGCUCAGAAUCAGAGUAGGACUGAUUCAAUUCACUGAACAAAGCUGCCUUUUCAAGCUACUUUUCAGCAAUAACAGACCACAGUAUUAUUAAAAUGACACAGUUCUACAUUGUUGUACAAUUUGUCUCACAUUUGCAAUUUUUUUAUGCAAAAUUAAAUGAGCACAAAGAAUAAGCUAA